GAUUGAGUGAGCCCUCCCCCCCUACUUCAGAAUUUCCAUUCUUAUUUUUUAUUAUCUUUUAUUUUUUUUCCCAAACCGAGAAGGAAAUACAUUAAACGCAUUUAUUUCAAUUUCAAUAUAAACAGUCAAUGAUCAUUGGUACAUUCACAACCUCGGCGUCGCAGUCUCUCGCACGCGUGUCCAAGACACUUCUCUCGCGCCCACUCCCAGCCUACCGCCUAAGCUCGUUCCACACGACCACAGCAUUCCGCAAAACUGCCAGCAGCAAUGAGGUUAAGCUGAAUCUAGAUUGGGAUGGGUUUUUCAAAAUGCGCCGUCAGAGACGCCUUUGGGAGCGGCUGGCUGCACUGCCGUGUGCGAUGCUGGGACUAGGUGCUGGAGCCGCGGUAUUUGCCAGUUUGCCGAUUAACCCACAGCAGACAUUCAUGGGACUUGAUCCGUUGAUCGUGUUCAGUGGCGCGACGAUUUUCUGCGGCGUGCUGGGGUUUGUCGUCGGCCCGUCGGUUGGCCGCGUGUGGUAUCGGAUUGGAAACGGGGAGAUGGCUAGGGCGAUUGAUGCGAAGGAGGCGGAGUUCUUUAAGCACGUGAGGGCGAACCGGUCGGACCCCAACUUUAGCUCUGCAAGCAACCCACUGCCGGACUUUUACGGCGAGAAAAUCAACUCGCUCAGCGGAUACCGUCAGUGGCUAAGGAAGCAGCGCGAACAUGAGCGCAAGGGCACGUUCAAGCUGGGCUCGGCCAAGAGAAAGUAGUAGAUUAAAAAAUAUAUAUUUGUGCUUUCUUUUUUUUCUUUUUCUUUCUUAGUUGUUCACCAGUGAUUUGAUUUUGGAGAUGAUGCCGAUUAGAGCG